AUGGUCAUGAAUAUUUUCAGUGGCUUUGCCGCCUCUGGCAUCCUCAUGAUCAUGCUCACUAUCGUCCGAGUUUGCACAAUCAUCACACUCGUCUCGGUCAUGACAUCUUGCUGGGUCCUUGCCAUCAAGAUCGACAUGGGCAAGCCUUGGUUCUUCUUUGAUGCCGCCUCGCUUGUUUUCAUGAGCGGCAUCUGCCUAUUUCUGGUACUGUCCGAGCUGCCGUUUGGCAAAGUCUUCUUCAUGAACCACUGGCCGGCCUUCUCCACUAGAUCUAGUUUGGGUUGGCUCGGCCUUGCACUUGUCGUUAUUGGCUGCAACGUCCUGGGCAAGCUCAACAAUCCCAACGUUGAGCGAAGGGACAUUGGAGGACCAUGGUACUCGCUGGUGCUGGCAUCUGGAAUCCUCAGUCUCAUCAUGGGCGUGCUCAACCUCAUUGGCACCCUUGCUAGUAUCCCUAAGGGUGGUGCUCGCCAGGUUCGCUCAUGGGGCAACCAGGAGCCUAUUCCGGAUGAGCUCCCUUACCACAAGCCCAUCGAUUCAGAAAAGUCUCCAAUCGCCAAGCCUCUCAAGAUCUUCGACCUAUUCCGAGGCCGCAGUAAGAAUUCCUUUGAUAUCCCAGGCCCUGAGCCAACUUCAGCUUACCGUUACCCCGAGUCUAACGCAGCGUCGCGUGGCGGCAACCCCGCGCGUCAUCACUCCGGUCGACGGUCAAGCGAUGACCUCGAGUUCAACCCGGUCUCUCCGACGGGACCUCCGCCGCCCAUGUCGCAGCACCCUGCAUUCGCUACCAGUUAUGCUGAGAGCGUGUAUCCGGAUGAAGAGCCGUCUUGGUCCAAGUCCAACAAGCUGGAGGUGCCGCCGAUGCCUCACCCUGCAGUGGUGGAUGAUGCUGCAUCGCUCGCGCCCCCGGGCGUCAAGCACAACCGGUAUUCCCUCUCUUCAUUGAACCGGUGGAGUCGGCAGACCAGGAAAUAG